AUGAACCCCACAAAGAGAGAGGGAGGAGUUGAAACAAAUAUCGAUUUGGACAGUGGAAAGAGAGCUUUGCUUUACCUCUUGGGAUCGAUUUGGACGCUAGCGAGAGAGAGAGAGCAGUUCUUUCGGCUGCGAGAGAGACCGCUUCACGCAGAAAGAAGACCGGCUCGAAUACAACGUAGGAAGGAAGAACUGCAAAAAUGGAUGAAGAGAGGAAUUGAAAUUACAACGAAUUUUAUCAAAACCAUUGAUGCAAAGUGUAUUUUUGAGAGACAUGAAUGGGGUGAUGGGAGGAAAGAACCUGGCAACUAA